AUGUCAUCUGAUAUUGAUAAUCGUCAUCUUGAAGAAUUAUACCAAAGUCUUCGGGAUAUUACAAACGAUGAAGAAUUGGAACUUUUUGAAGACAAAAUUUCAAAGAUUGAUCUAGGAUUUUCAAAUGCUGAGAGCACAAAUGAAACCAUUGAGAACAGGUUCCUGAAACCCAGCAAUGUGAUACCGUGGAAUUUACUAGAUGUUGUGCAGCAGGUUCCCGAAAUGGAUUUCCUGGAAAACCAUGGUGCUGAAGGUCAAAUUGAUUUUCCCGGUAACUACGAUUACAAGGACUUUCUGCAGAUUCCAAAACCAAUAAACAAAACUGCUUACUAUCUUAAGAGGAAAGGGCUUGAUUGUCGUAUUGUUAGCUAUGAAGAAAAAACGAACUUAAAGGAAUUAGAAACCGCUAACGCUUCUAAUUCUUUAUCCCUGAAUAGAAGCAUUAAUACACAUGGCAACAUUAUCAAAGGGUCUACUUCUCAAUUACCAUUCACCCCAGGUGGUAUACCGAUGAACGCGCUCAAUGUCCCAGAGGAUGGAAUCUCUACUUCGGGAGUGACCGCAAAGUUACUGCACAAGGAUGAACACGGCUUGUUUGAUAUACCAAAGGGCUUCGUGCGAGGUAUCAUCCCACAAUCUGUGAAAUACCCAGCAAAUGAAAGCUCAAUCAAAGAUAUCGAAACUUUAAAUGAUUUGGAUAACGAAGUAGAUAUUGAAAGAGAAAUUCAAGAAAAAAAAGAAAAGAUCGAUGAUGAGAUGGAGUUCAACACAGCAGAAGCUAUUCUCAAAGAAGCCAAUGAGAACUCAGAAUCUACCGAGAUUGAUGAUCUUUUACCAAUGGGGGUAGACUUCGCAAGAAAUAUUGUAAAUACGAAAAAAAAUCUGGAGAAGAGAAAUUGGGCGCAUGUGGUCGACCUAAACCACAAGAUUGAAAAUUUCAAUGAACUUAUACCCAAUCCUGCAAGGACGUGGCCUUUUGAAUUAGAUACUUUCCAAAAAGAAGCUGUUUACCAUCUAGAACAAGGUGAUUCUGUCUUUGUUGCAGCACAUACCUCCGCUGGUAAGACAGUAGUUGCGGAAUAUGCCAUUGCUAUGUCUCAAAGGAAUAUGACAAAGACAAUAUAUACUUCACCAAUCAAGGCAUUGUCAAAUCAAAAAUUCAGAGAUUUUAGGGAGACAUUUAAAGAUGUUGGGGUUGGUUUGAUUACUGGUGAUGUUCAAAUAAAUCCAGACGCAAACUGUUUGAUUAUGACCACAGAAAUUUUACGAUCUAUGUUGUAUCGCGGUGCUGAUUUGAUAAGAGAUGUAGAAUUUGUUGUAUUCGAUGAAGUGCAUUACGUUAAUGAUCAAGAUCGUGGUGUGGUUUGGGAAGAAGUUAUUAUUAUGUUACCCCAGCAUGUAAAAUUCAUCCUUCUAUCAGCAACUGUUCCUAAUACGUUUGAAUUUGCAAAUUGGAUAGGGAGAACGAAACAGAAAAAUAUCUACGUGAUUUCUACUCCAAAAAGGCCUGUUCCAUUAGAAAUAAAUAUUUGGGCCAAGAAUCAAUUAAUCCCUGUGAUAAAUUCCAACAAAGAGUUUUUGGAAGCAAAUUUUAAGAAACACAAAGAAAUACUUGCUGGUAAGCCAGCAGUUACAUCUUCCAAAGACGGCAAAAAGGGUGCUAAGCCGGGCGCUACUCGUGGAGGUGGCGCCACUCAAAGGGGAGGUGCAUCUAGAGGGCGCGGAGGCCAAAGAGGAUCUAGAGGUGCAGGCGCAGUUGGUUCAAAUAAAAGCCAAUUUUACAGAAGAGGUGGUGCUGGGAAAAAGACUUGGCCUGACCUGAUUAAUUAUUUGAAAGCGAAGGAGCUUUUACCGGCAGUUGUUUUUGUUUUUAGCAAAAAACGUUGCGAGGAGUAUGCAGAUUGGUUAGAGGGCAUUAAUUUUUGCAAUGGUAAGGAAAGGUCAUCAAUUCAUAUGUUUAUUGAGAAUUCAGUAACUAGAUUAAAGAAAGAUGAUAGGGAGUUGCCCCAAAUCUUAAAGAUUCGAUCAUUACUUGAAAGGGGAAUCGCUGUCCAUCAUGGUGGGUUAUUGCCUAUAGUAAAGGAACUUAUUGAAAUGCUUUUCGCUAAAGGGUUGAUAAGGGUCCUUUUCGCGACUGAGACGUUUGCCAUGGGACUAAACUUACCCACCAGGACUGUUGUCUUCAGCGAAAUUCAAAAGCAUGACGGUACAGGUCUGAGAAACUUGACUCCUGGUGAAUUUACUCAAAUGGCGGGUAGGGCUGGCCGGAGAGGUUUGGAUAAAACAGGUACUGUUAUUGUUAUGGCCUAUAGCGACCCACUUCAGCCUGCAUCAUUUAAGGAAGUUACUCUGGGAACACCAACGAAGUUAGAAUCCCAAUUUAGACUGACUUACAACAUGAUUUUGAAUCUACUUAGAAUAGAGGCUUUAAAGGUAGAAGAGAUGAUUAAAUAUUCUUUUAGCGAGAACUCCAAGCAAACUCUCCUGCCAGAGCAAGAGAAGAAGAUUGCACAAUUAGAAAAGGAUCUUGUUAGCAUUGAAAAGAAUCAUGCGGACGAAUCCAACCGUGAUAUUGAUGAAUUUUUGGAAGCUGCGGUUCGUUACAGAGAAACAACUUCAUGCAUGAUGGAAGAAAUCGCCAAGACGGAUGCAGUGUUUCAUGUUUUGAAAGUUGGAAGAUUGAUAGGAUACAGGAAUGAAGAUGAUAAUCUUCAAUUGGGCUUUGUGUUCCGCUCCAACAUGAAAGAAUCCUCGGUAGUCGUCAUGUGUUUUACUGAACCGACCGCUUUAGAGUCAGGUGAACCAAAUCACCUACCUUAUAUUGCAGAUCUAAAGAAAUUCACCCUUCAGAACUUCAAAAAAUUUAAAAUUAUGGAAUACUGUAUGGUGAAGGUUCCUUUGACAUCUGUAGAACUGGUAACAGCAUAUACUCUGAGAAUUUCUUUCACUGAUAUAAUGAAGAAAGAUGAAGAGGCAUUGAAGAGAUUUAAUGAGGAAAUAAGAAUUUUACAGAAGAUCUCUCAAAGAUUGAAAGAAAGUAUUGCAGAGAAGAAAGGCAGUUUGAAAGUCCACCAACAAGUUUUGGAGAGAAAUAACAUAAAAAAUAAACUCUCAUCUUUAAAGGCAACUGAUUCUCCCGAUUUAGCGAAUAAAUUUUUACCAAGAUACAAAGCAUUUAUGAUUAGAAAGGAAAUCGAUCACACAAAACACUUAAUGUCAGACCAAAACUUGAACUUACUACCAGAUUAUGAAAAAAGACUGGGCGUGCUUAAAGAGGCAGGUUUCAUUGAUCAGAAUCACAACGUUUCCUUAAAAGGCCGUGUUGCAUGUGAAAUAAAUUCUGGUUACGAGUUGGUUUUGACUGAACUGAUCCUGGAUAAUUUCCUUGGUGAUUUUGAGCCAGAAGAAAUUGUUGCACUACUUUCUGUUUUUGUUUAUGAAGGUAAUACCCGAGAGGAUGAGCCACCGAUUGUGACACCUAGAUUAGCAAAAGGUAAAGAGAGAAUUUGCGAAAUAUACAGCCAAAUGCUGCGAGUAUAUGAAAAUCAUCAAGUGCCCCUAACAAGGGAGGAAGCAGAAUUCCUAGAUAAGAAGAGAUUUGCUUUAAUGAAUGUUGUCUACGAGUGGGCCCGUGGAUUAUCUUUCAAAGAAAUAAUGGAGAUUAGUGUUGAGGCUGAAGGAACUGUUGUUAGAGUGAUUACAUGGUUAGAUGAAAUUUGCCGGGAAGUGAAAACAGCAUCCGUAAUUAUAGGUAACUCUAACUUGCAUUUGAAAAUGAGCCAAGCACAAGAGUCAAUCAAAAGAGAUAUUGUUUUUGCUGCUUCGCUAUACUUAUAG